AUGGGGAGACCUGCGCUCGAGGAUGUGAAGAGUGCUCUGCUGAACUGGAACAAUCUCUUCGUGGUCUCUCUUUGGAUAUCGCAGGCCUGCCUGAGCGUGUCGCACAAGAGGGUGUCCAUCGUAAUGAGGGAGUCUCCUUUCGUGCUGACAAGUUUGCAGCCGGUCUGGAUCGCAGUGGCAUUUGGCAUUGUUUGGGCAGCGAUUUCCUGUCGGGGCCAUUCUCAAAAGCGCGCAGAGGAAGAAUCUGCAGCCGCAAGUGACUCUGGGGACGAGGAGCAAGACAGUGACGACAGCGUGAGCGGUGGCCCAGCGCCUAAAUUCAGAGUCUGGCAUUCUGCAGUGAUGGGGUUGCUCUUCACGACCUACAACUUCUUGGGGUAUAGUGGCGCUCGUGGGCAUCUUGUGUCAGGUCCUCUUAUUCUCUUGCUGCAGCAGACGGUGAUACCUCUGACCAUGUUGUUUUCAAUUUGUUUUCUUGGCCGGCGGUACUUUGCCACCCACAUCCUCAGCUGCGCUUGCAUUCUUGCCGGUAUCCUAGUGUCGUUCAUUGGCAAGGAGUGGACAGCAAAAUCAACAGGUGCAGUGUGCUUGCUCUUGGCGCAAGCUUUCCCUGGAGCUUCGUCGACGGUGUUCAUGGAGUACUCUUUGCAACGUGCGCACGUCUCAUUCUGGAAGCUUUGGACCUUGAUCAACGUCUUCGAAGUGGUUGCUUUACCACCUGUUUUUGUAGCCUCCGUUCCCCUUCAGGGCCUGACAUUCGCGCAGUCACCGGGGAAUCUUCUGGAUGGCUUCCAGUGUCUCUUCCUUGGUCAAGGUGGUGCAGCUGGAGCGGAUGAUGAAGAGUGCGCGACGUUGGCAUACUUAUACCCCGUCUUCGUGGUUGCACUCAUCGCCGUGAAAACUUUGCAGGCAGCUGUGAUCGCCAAGUUUUCAUCAGGCCUUGUUUGGGUUGUUGCAGCUGCAGCCGUGCCAUUGGCCUCACAGGCCUUCACCGUCCCUUUGGUCAUGGGCUCCUCAAACGUGCAGCCACCGCUGUCUGCCUGGAUUUGGCUUGGCACUGUGUUGGUCGUGGCUGGCAUGGUCCUCUUUCGUGUGAAGGAGGCGGUGAGGGAGGACUUGCGACUUUGGAAGAGCUGGGUCUCACGUGGUGCGUCGGCCAUGCUCAGCUCGGGUCCCGGCGCUGAGAUCGAGUCUCUGCGGCGGCAGCUAGCCCUGUCCGCGGAGCAGGUGGACUUCAACCAGGAGUGCUGCCAAGACCUCCAGCUUCGCUUGAGGCAACAGCACAACAAGGCAGAGGAGCGCCUGCGCAAGGAAAGGGGGAGGUUCGCCACGGUGAACCGCCUCGAGGGCGUCUUGCCGAAGCAGAUGCUGCUGAAAGCCCUGGCGUGA